GUCCCGCGGCGGCUGAGCGGCGGCUGCGCCCGGCCGGAGCGCGCAGGGCAGCGAGGCGCCAUGCCCACCAACUUCACCGUGGUGCCCGUGGAGGCGCGCGCCGACGGCGGCGGGGACGAGGCGGCCGGGCUGGCGGAGGCGCCCGCGGUCCCCGGGGGCGCGGAGCCCGACUGCCCCAGCCCGGGCGAUGGCAACCCCAGGGAGAACAGCCCGUUCAUCAACAGCGUGGAGCUGGAGAGAGAGAGUUGCUUUGAAGGGAAGAACAUGGCGCUGUUUGAGGAGGAAAUGGACAGCAACCCCAUGGUGUCCUCACUGCUGAACAAGCUGGCCAACUACACCAACCUGAGCCAGGGCGUGGUGGAGCAUGAGGAGGACGAGGACAGCCGGCGCAGGGAGGCCAAGGCUCCGCGCAUGGGCACCUUCAUCGGCGUCUACCUGCCCUGCCUGCAGAACAUCCUGGGGGUCAUCCUCUUCCUGCGCCUGACCUGGAUCGUGGGGGCGGCCGGCGUGCUGGAGUCCUUCCUCAUCGUCUCGCUGUGCUGCACCUGCACAAUGCUGACCGCCAUCUCCAUGAGUGCCAUUGCCACCAACGGUGUGGUUCCAGCUGGAGGUUCAUACUACAUGAUAUCUCGGUCGCUGGGGCCCGAGUUUGGAGGGGCCGUGGGCCUCUGCUUCUACCUGGGCACCACGUUCGCAGGUGCCAUGUACAUCCUGGGCACCAUCGAGAUCUUUCUGACCUACAUCUCCCCCAGCGCGGCCAUCUUCCAGGCCACGGAGGCGGGUGGUGAGGCUGCCGCGCUGCUGCACAACAUGCGUGUCUACGGCAGCUGCACCCUGGCGCUCAUGGCCGUGGUGGUCUUUGUGGGCGUGAAGUACGUCAACAAACUGGCCCUGGUCUUCCUGGCCUGUGUGGUGCUCUCCAUCCUGGCCAUCUACGCCGGUGUCAUCAAGACCGCCUUCGACCCGCCGGACAUCCCGGUCUGCCUCCUCGGGAACCGCACCCUCGCCAAGCGCAGCUUCGCUGCCUGUGCCAAGACACACGUCGCCAGCAACGGCACCGUGACCACCGCGCUCUGGAGCCUCUUCUGCAACAGCUCCAGCCCCGGUGCCUCCUGUGACGAGUACUUUGUGCAGAACAACGUCACCGAGAUCCAGGGCAUCCCUGGUGUGGCCAGCGGCGUCCUCCUGGACAACCUGUGGAGCACGUACUCGGACAAGGGGGCCUUUGUGGAGAAGGAGGGCGUGCCGUCUGUGCCCGUGUCCGAGGAGAGCCGGGCUGGCGGGCUGCCGUACGUCCUCACGGACAUCAUGACCCACUUCACCAUGCUCUUGGGCAUCUACUUCCCCUCCGUGACGGGCAUCAUGGCAGGAUCCAACCGCUCUGGGGACCUCAAGGACGCCCAGAAGUCCAUCCCCACGGGGACCAUCUUGGCCAUCGUGACCACAUCUUUUAUCUAUCUCUCCUGCAUAGUGCUCUUUGGGGCCUGCAUUGAAGGCGUGGUCUUACGAGAUAAGUUCGGAGAGGCCCUCCAAGGGAACCUGGUCAUCGGCAUGCUGGCCUGGCCAUCCCCCUGGGUCAUUGUCAUUGGCUCCUUCUUCUCCACCUGUGGUGCUGGCCUGCAGAGCCUGACCGGGGCACCCCGUCUGCUGCAGGCCAUCGCCCGCGAUGGCAUUGUCCCUUUCCUGCAGGUGUUCGGCCAUGGGAAGGCCAACGGGGAGCCCACCUGGGCCCUGCUGCUCACGACCUUCAUCUGUGAGACGGGCAUCCUCAUUGCCUCCCUGGACAGCGUGGCCCCCAUCCUGUCCAUGUUCUUCCUCAUGUGCUACAUGUUUGUGAACCUGGCCUGCGCGGUGCAGACCCUGCUGCGCACACCCAACUGGCGUCCCCGCUUCAAGUACUACCACUGGACCCUGUCCUUCCUGGGCAUGAGCUUGUGCCUGGCCCUGAUGUUCAUCUGCUCCUGGUACUACGCCCUGUUCGCCAUGCUCAUCGCCGGCUGCAUCUACAAGUACAUCGAGUACCGCGGGGCCGAGAAGGAGUGGGGGGACGGCAUCAGGGGUCUGUCUCUGAACGCUGCCCGCUACGCCCUGCUACGCCUGGAGCACGGGCCACCCCACACCAAGAACUGGAGGCCCCAGGUGCUGGUGAUGCUCAACCUGGAUGCGCAGCAGUGUGUGAAGCACCCCCGCCUGCUGUCCUUUGCCUCGCAGCUGAAGGCGGGCAAGGGCCUCACCAUCGUGGGCUCAGUGCUGGAGGGCACCUACCUGGACCAGCACGUGGAGGCCCAGCAGGCCGAGGAGAACAUCCGGCUCCUGAUGGGCCUGGAGAAGACCAAGGGCUUCUGCCAGCUGGUAGUGUCCUCCAACCUGCGGGACGGCACGUCGCACCUGAUCCAGUCGGCAGGCCUCGGGGGCAUGAAGCACAACACGGUGCUCAUGGCCUGGCCCGAGUCCUGGAAGCAGGAGGACAACCCUUUCUCCUGGAAGAACUUCGUCGACACCGUCCGCGACACCACGGCGGCCCAGCAGGCCCUGCUGGUCGCCAAGAACGUCGACUCCUUCCCGCAGAACCAGGAGCGCUUCGGGGAGGGCAGCAUCGACGUGUGGUGGGUCGUGCACGACGGGGGCAUGCUCAUGCUGCUGCCCUUCCUGCUGCGCCAGCACAAGGUGUGGCGCAGGUGCCGGACGCGCAUCUUCACGGUGGCCCAGGUGGACGACAAUAGCAUCCAGAUGAAGAAGGACCUGCAGGUGUUCCUGUACCACCUGAGGAUCAGCGCCGAGGUGGAGGUGGUGGAGAUGGUCGAGAACGACAUUUCCGCAUUCACCUACGAGAAGACCUUGAUGAUGGAGCAGCGGUCGCAGAUGCUGAAGCAGAUGCAGCUGUCCAGGAACGAGCGGGAGAGAGAGGCCCAGCUGAUCCACGACAGGAACACUGCAUCCCACGCUGCGGCGGCCACCAGGCCCCAGGCCCCGUCGACGCCGGACAAGGUGCAGAUGACCUGGACGAAGGAGAAGCUGGUCGCGGAGAAGCACAGGAACAAGGAGGCCAGCGGCCCUGGGUUCAAAGACCUCUUCAGCCUGAAACCGGACCAGUCCAAUGUCAGGAGGAUGCACACAGCUGUGAAGCUGAACGGCGUGGUCCUCAGCAAGUCCCAGGAUGCCCAGCUGGUCCUGCUGAACAUGCCGGGGCCCCCCAAAAACCGGCAGGGGGACGAGAACUACAUGGAGUUUCUCGAGGUCUUGACCGAGGGGCUGAACAGGGUGCUCCUGGUCAGGGGCGGCGGUCGGGAGGUCAUCACCAUCUACUCCUAACACCUGAGAGCGUGGGCUGCUGGGUGGGGUGAGGACUCAGACUGACCAGGAUGUCACUCAGGCCGCCUGACAUGCUGCAGCUGGCUUCCUACAGAAGUUUCUAGAGCUACCACCUGGGCUUCCUCCAAGCAGAAAAUGUUCUAGGAAGUCCUGAGAGGGAGAGCAGGUGACUGGAAAGACCCCCGUGUCCGUCCAGGGUGGAGAGCGCCGUGUGCCCAGCAUCCUGGAUGGGCCCCUGCCCGCUGCCCAGCCUCCGCCUCCAGGACAGCCUCCCCUCAGCUGGACUGUCCAGUGGCUGUGGCUUCACGUGUCGCUGACACGAGGGCAGAAUGGCACAUGGCCGCGGGACUCCCACCGCCUCCCAGCCCCCGCUGAACACCGAGCAGUGCGGAAGGAGCCGCGCGGGGCCACGUGGGUGCUGGUGGGGGCGUGGGGGCCACACCGGGGGCGCCUGCUGAGCGGGGCUGUGCCUGGGACCAGCCGCCAAGGGCGCUGUGCCCUGGGAGUCUGCUGCAGGUCGUGCCCAGCAGCGGGGUGCGAGGAGAGACCCCCAGUGUGGUGGCCGCGGUGGCUGGCCCUGCCUGUGGAGUGCUGUCCCCGCUCGCCCUUGGCCGGGGCUGUGCCUCUGCAGGCGACGCAGCAGCGGGCCUGGCGCCCUCAUCAACCCUACGGGGUUUGCACUUUACCUUGGAGCUUUCUGCUUCCUAGGUCAGUCGUGUUUGCAGGCUGCGGUUGUCCAGCACUCCGCCUCGCUGGCCGCUGCGUGGGUUAUUUAUUUAUUUAAACACCCCGGGGCCUUGGGGUGACCCCACUGUCGUAAGACCUUGCUUCCUGCGAGGACCCACCCAGGCCCUGGGCCAUCACUGGUUUCCAGGGCUCCCUAGUGAACAGAGCCCUCCACGGAGCCCAGGUCAGGACAGAGGCACUGUAGGGCAGGGAGGGCCCGCUCACCGGCCUCCCAGGGCAGGCUGGAGCAGAGCCGCAGGGGCUGGCCUGUGUGGGAAGGCCAAGGCUGCGGCACCCUUCACAGGAAGCCGGGGGAGCCCGGGACUGGAGCUGCGCCCCAGCCUGCUUUUCCUUUGUGAUCUCUGCCUUGUCACCGCAGCCAUCAAAAUCGAUUCCACACUUUCCUUUUCUAGAUUCCUUGUCUUUGUAUGAUUUUGUUUGUAGAAUAAAGUCCUAUGAAAUCUGA